AAUACCCCAAUUCUUUUUAAGUCCCAAGUAAAAUUUUCCAUAUUCACACAAACUCAAGCCUAGAUUUCAAGCCUGAUUAAAUCUUAAAUAUCAUUAUGGAGACACAGUAUGAUGACGAUACUUUCUAUGCUGAGAUUAGGAGGCAGAUUCUGCUUUUGACAUCUGAAGAUAAUGAAGAUUCAUUGGAAAGAAAACGUUUCAACCCGUUUAGUGUUGGUAAUGGUGGUUCAAUCAGGUCAGUUUAUAACAAGAGUGCACCACAACCUGCAAGCCAUUUCUGUUCUUGGGAAACAAAUAGCUUAGGUUCACCUCCUGAUUGGCUUGUGAACCUUUGGAAGAAUGGAAAAGGUACUGGCGUGUUCAUUCCCAAAGUUGUCACAGGUAGAAAAUACCAGAGACCAGGAAAAAUGUAUAGCAGGAGACAAGAAUAUAAACCUGUGGUGGAUAAGUAUUGAAGAAACUAUGCUUUUUAAGUCUGUGUUAAGUAAAUUGAAGAUCGUUCCUUGCUCAUAAUUCUGCUUAAGGUGGGAAGCAGUUGUUAAUAUUUCUUUCAUCUGAUAAAUUUGUAUAAAAUUUUCCACAUAUAUAUGUACAGAAUUCACAAUAAGUCAAGGGAAUGUAGAAAGAACUCUGAAUUUUAUUUUAAUACAUUUUUC